AUGCAAAGUGACCGGGUGUUGUCUAAGCGUAAGUUGAGCGAACUCGUCAAAACUGUGGGUGCUGAUGAAGGUGAUGGUGAGACAACCAUUGACGGUGAUGUUGAAGAAUUGUUGCUUGAUUUAGCAGAUGAGUUUGUGACGAACGUCACUUCAUUCGCAUGUCGCCUUGCAAAACAUAGAAAAUCCGAUACCCUGGAUACCAAGGACAUCCAGUUACAUUUGGAGAAGAACUGGAACAUUCGUAUUCCAGGAUAUUCAUCUGAUGAAAUAAGAAACGUUAGAAAAUGGCAACCAAAUGCAGCCCAUAAUCAAAGAAUCCAAGGUAUCGGCAUUUCAAAGUCUGUUGAACAGAACAAAUGA